CAUAAUGCCAGGAUUAUUUUUUUCCCACAACAACAUGACUGACUUGAACACAAAAGACGACUGCAAGCUUGCAGAAGGCAAAAUUCAUAAGAAAAAGCAAAAGGCUUUUGGUACAGAUCUCAAGAACUAUUUGAAGUGCAUGGUACCACAUCUGGAAUCUGGGAUCAAGUCUUCUAACCACAGAAAUGUUAUGUUUUCUGCAGAAGAAGUAAUGCAGUGGUCUCAGUCUUUGGAAAAGCUCUUGGCCAGCCAAAGUGGCCAAGGUAUCUUUCGGGAGUUCCUGCGGUCCGAGUUCAGCGAGGAGAACAUUGAGUUCUGGCUGGCCUGUGAGGAUUACAAGAAAACCAAGUCCGAUCGCUUACAUGGCAAAGCGGAGAGGAUUUAUGACGAGUUUGUUCGGGCAGAUGCUAUUAAACAGAUCAACAUCGACUAUCAUACAAGGGAAGCAACAGCCAAAAGGGCGCAAGACCCAACUCACACAAGUUUUGAUGAAGCCCAAAGAACAGUCUUCAUCCUCAUGGAAAGGGAUUCAUACCCUAGAUUUCUGAAAUCCAAAGCCUACUCGAAUAUUUUAAACCAGCUGCAGAUCAACAACUCGAAAUGA